CUUUCUCUGUACAUUGCUUCGCAUGCUGCUUCCUACUGCUAGAGCACCCGAGCGUAUCCCUGCAUUGUGCAUUUUAAUUUAACAGUGACAAACAGAAGAAGAUAUCACACUGUUGUGGUAAAAUUUAAAUACCGGAAUUAAACGAACAUAGACAAGUGAAGAUGGAGAAAAAGGAGAAGGCAAUGGCAGCACGGAUGUUGUUCAGUCCAUAACCAUCGUCCGGCAUUUCGGACUUGCGCCAGGCAUCACACAGGUAACAGAAGCACACCACCCACAUGAAGCUCCACAGCCCUAUCACAUCAACGGAAUGUGCAUUAGUGGACACCUACGUAUAAAAUUACCAUGGACGUGAAAGAAGACGACAAUGUGUGCAUCGUCUGCUGGCGGGAAAUAAACGUAUACGCCGUAGGACUGUGUGAUCACCCUGUAUGUCACGAGUGCUCGACCAGAAUGAGGGUGUUGUGCAAAAAGAGCGAGUGUCCCAUAUGCCGAAGGAACCUUCCCAAGGUUAUCUUCGUGAAGACGAUAAAGCCGUAUGAGCAGCUCAACGAGCGUCUUUAUACCAUGGACCCGCGACCUCAAAUUUGUUUCGAAACCGAGGAGGUACGCAAAGUAUACAGGGAGCUUCUGGAAAACCGUUGCAAGUACUGCCCGCCCAGUGACAAACCACAGGGUUUCAUAAACCUGCACCAGCUGAGCAACCAUAUACGCAAGGAACACCGGCGCGCCUUCUGCAACCUCUGUGUAGAGCACCUCAAGAUCUUCCCUCGAGAACGCACAGCCUACUCAAAAAAGGAACUGGCACGCCAUUUGCAGUCCGGUGAUGUGGAAGACACCUCUCACAGGGGCCACCCGCUCUGCCAGUUCUGCAACGUGCGCUACUUUGACAAUGACGAGCUGUACCGGCAUCUGCGCAGGGAGCACUAUUUUUGCCACUUUUGCGGGGACGACUACCGACUGCAGUACUACCGAAGUUACGAAUUCCUGCGGGAACACUUUCGCAAGGAACACUUUCUCUGCGAGGAGGGGGACUGCAAGAACGAGACAUUUACGGCCGCCUUUCGCUCAGAGAUUGACCUCAAAGCUCAUAAGGCACAGCAACACAGCAAGACACUGAGCAAGGCACAGGCCAAGCAGGCGAGGACACUAGAACUUGAGUUCACCAUCACUCCGAGGAACCGGGCUGAUUACGAAGAUGGUAGGCGGAGGGCUCGCAACGAGGACAGGGAUGAACAGGCAGCUCUAAACCUUCUUCGACUGUCGUCCAAUCGGCCAAUAGCGACGGAGAGUUGGGAGACGCAGCAGCCCGUCGACUACCGUUGCGAGAAAGAGUUCCCUCAACUUGGCGGACAAACGACCACAGUGACCCUCGUAACUACGUACCCUGCGCGCAGGACAGAGCGGGUUGAUGUCAACAGUGUCGAGGAGUUUCCGUCCCUCAACCCCUCCAGUACCCCCCGGAAUGACUGUUCGGUCCUGUUUCGCUGUAGAGAGCCCAAGGUGUCCAUACGGAACAGGAACGGACCAGAACCCAAAAAGAAAGAAUCCAAGAAAAGCUUCGAAGAAGAGUUCCCCACACUGUCAUCCCGAAUGACCCAUGUGAGCUCUGCCACCUUGGUUCCCAAUGACACGCGUAUGCAAUGUAGCCAACCACAAGGAGCAACACCACAGCCGUGGCAGCAAAAUGGCAAACCCAAAAAGGAAGAGGCUAAGAAUCCCACAGAGGGAACCACACAGAGUCUUCUCCAGCUCAUCUCCGAGGCACGCAAAGAAACUCCACGACAGCAGGUCUGUCACUCAGUGUGCGCUACGUUCACAGCAAACGACUUCCCCACGCUCAAUGGGGGCCCCCCUCCUGGAUUUACAGCUCCCCGGGGGCCUCCUCCACCUGGCUUCUCAGGAGGACAACCAGAAAAGGGGCCGAAAGCUUGUGCGGAGUACACACAGCCGGCAGGUUUUGCUCAGAGGAACCUCAGAUUGAUCCAGGAUGUGCAACGCAUUCUGGGAGACAACUUCAUGAAGUUCAAGCAACUCUCUGGAGCCUUUCGACGAGACGCUGUCAGUGCGGAAGAGUAUUUCUCUCAGUGUGUGGACCUGUUUGGUGGCGAGGAAGAGUUUGCAGUUGUCUUUCCCGAGCUCCUCUUCCUCCUGCCGGACAUCGGCAAACAGCAGGAACUGGUGCGGACAUACAACGUGCGCCGUCGGGCGUCCGGCGCCCUGCCCAAGAACUCUCGCUUCCUCGUUUGUGCCACCUGCCAACAAGUGCUUUCGGGAGAUGACUUUCGGACUCACACUGCUACACACUCGUGACGCGGUGCACUUUUUUAGUCGACUCUGGUGCCUUAAUUUUUGUGCCUUGCGCAUGAAUUUAAUUGUACAAGAAAUGUGAGACUCGAGAAUAAAUGAGAAACGACUCCCGUCAUUGCUAAGGUCUCGGGAAGCAGGUAGAACCCAAAUUUCCAGACAUUCAAGGAAAAUGUGUUACGAUUGACUUGAGGCUCGUCUUGUCAUUUUUCAUUGAGAUCCCCUUUACUGUUUAUGUAUGUCAUUUGAGAGAGAGAGUCAUCAUGCAGCCACUACACCUGGGCUGCAGGCCUGGUUGAAACAUCCAUUGAAAUUUAUCACUUGAAAUUCGUUUGCAUCAACCCAUAAAUAUGUUUCUCCCAUGUCCAACUGUGUGAUCUAGUCUGCAGUGCUAUGUUUGAACUUGCGGAGCUCACUUACUACAUGCAUUUGGAUACCAGCUUGGAACAUUGUUAUACAACACACAUGCUGUGCACCCUUUGAGAGCGGAAACCAUACUGUACUCUUUUGGAACAACAAUCUUAGAAGCAUGCAAAACAAAAAGAAAGAAAGAGUGCUUUGAAAUUGCAGAGUCAGUGAUUUAUCCAGACCCUGCAUAAGGUAUUGUUACCUCAGCUUUAGAAAUAUGUGUAGUGCAUAAAGCUGUUGCAACACACGCGUAAAAAAUGACCCCCUCACUCCAGUUUUGGAAGGUCCCCUGUUCCUGUGGUACUGGAUAAACCACUGUGCCAUGGCUACGCAUAGCAAGCCAUAUUUAUAAGUGCCUCAAAAAAUAUGGCUCCUAUGUACGGACCUAUCCUGCUUAUUUGCUGCGUGCGAGACUGUAGUAUUGUAUGGCAUUGCCUGGCCCUUGAUAUGAGCUCCGAAGAUCAUGUACACCAUCAAGCUCCUAGCAGUGCCAGUGAUUGCAGAGAGACAGACUACAAAUAAAAAAAAAGUUUAUUUGUUC